AUGCCUCCCAAAGCAGUCAAGGGAGAGUAUAUCGAAACAGAUACAGGAAAUAAAAUCUCCCGCCGCUCCCUCAUCCACGGCACACAACAUAUCAUCCUCGGUGGAAAAACAGUGAUUCAAUCUGACGCCGUGAUCCGUGGCGACUUGUACAGAGUCGCACCACCUCCUCAAUCAUCUUCCGGCAACGACGACUCCGCAGCAGCACCGCAAUCAUCAUCCUCCGCGCCCUCGGUAGCUAUCACUGUCGGGCGAUACAGUUAUAUUUCGAAACAAGCGAUCCUGCGUCCGCCAUCGCGGCUGAAUCGUGGCGUGCAUUCUUUCUAUCCGCUUAAGAUCGGCGAUCAUGUCUUUGUCGGGGAGCGAGCUGUCGUGGAGGCCGCGUCGGUGGGGAAUCAUGUGCAUAUUGGUCGGGAAGCGGUCGUGGGAAGUAUGGCGAUUCUGAAAGAUUUCGCGUACGUACUUGAUGGCGCGGUCGUGCCUCCGGGGAUGGUGGUUCCGAGCUGGUGUGUGGUGGGCGGUGCUCCGGCGAGGAUUGUGGGUGAGGUUGGAGAAGGGUAUGGUGUUGAGGGGGCGGAAGGAGGGUUGGCGAGAGAGAGGUAUAGGCUUGUGGGGAGGUAG